AUGGAGGAGGUUUCUGUAGAUGCCUUUUUUGACCCAGAUCUCCAGGCAUUCUUCGAUAACCCGUUCCUGGAAGAUGCCAAUCUGGACCAUAAUUUGGAAGAUGGAGCGGGAAGUCACCUUGGGGCGAGCCUUCCUUUGUGGGAUGCUCUGGUCGUUCCUGCCACUGAGCAGAAGCACCGCCCAAUUGAAGAGGCCUGCCCGCGAGACUCUGCGGACUUUGGAAGCGAUGGACUUCUAAACCCAAACCUCAAUCCAUCCAAGCCUUUUCCACCACAGCACGAGCCGCGCCCCCCCUUAUCAGCACAGCCAAAGCCAACCAUCAAGGUCGAGAUACCACAAUCGACCUUACUAACCCCACGGUCGUGUUAUGAGCCUUUUGAGCCAGGAUUCCCUGUCAAGCGGGAGAGCGAGGUUAUACAAGAACUUCUUCCUCUGGCUAGAGAGGAAGACAGGUCUGGUGGCGAAUACCUGGAACUCCAACUGGACGAUUUUGCCGUUUAUAAUGAGCCAGCUCAUUAUGGCUUGCAGAUGAGAUCGCUCCACCAGUUGGACAUUAAGGACCGUGGCGGCCGUUUUUACUUUGAUGGCGUUCUCAGAUGCGGCGAUAGAGCCUUUUUCGUCAAGCAUGUUGCCAUCACAGCAAUGCCCAUCCAGAACUAUGGUGACCCAGCGCAUCAACAUACCGUCCGCGACUCUAUCUGGCUGGAAACACCACUCAGCGGCAAAAACAACUUGUUUUAUCGCUUAGGGAGACCUGCGUCCGAAUACUCGCGUUUCUUCCGACCUUUCCUCUGGGUCGCCGACUUGGCUAAACAUUUCGUCGACUAUCUCGACACCAUGUGGGAACUGAAACAGCGCGUUUCCAUCCAUCAUUUCCGCGUGGAUUUUUACAACUGGCUUCGAAAAACUCAUGGAAACGCAAAGGAACUGAAUAAAUGGCUAUCUAUGCACCCGAGUACAGACUAUCGUACAUCUAUCGUCGCAAAUAUCCAUUUUCUUUACAAGGAAGCUAUUGGUGUGCUGGAUCAAAGAGCUACAUAUGUUCAUCUACUGUGGAAGGACUUGGCUUGGGAUAACUCAAGUUUCCAGCGCUAUGAAAAAAUACCAGAAAGUUUAUGCUCGCCUCUGGAUCAUUCAAGAACAGUCGUUACGCCGUACAUAUUUGACUGUUUUAAGCAUUUACCAUUUGGUGAUCGGCUCGACGCUGUUCAGUUUAGCGACAAAACGCAAGCCUUACGGGAUAAGCUCAUUCAAGAGCUCUCAUUCAAUGGCAGCAAGGAUAGUUAUUCAAAUUCAGCUACAUUACUUGCUACCAAGGAUCGAAUCCGCAGCAUCAGGCCAGGCGAUACGAUUUCAACGCACCGUGAUAGUGAAGAAUCAGGGUCAAAAUGGCAGAGGGAAACAUCUAAAGACUUCUCGGAUGUUGAUCGAUGGUUUGCCCGAGUACAACAAGUCAGCGUCAAAAAAGGGAAACGCUGCUUCGACGUGUCUUGGUAUUAUCGUUCCGUGGAUACGCUCUGUGGUUUGAUGAAAUAUCCCUGGAAAAACGAGCUUUUCCUCUCUGAUCAUUGUUCUUGCGAAGAAAAUUUCAAGAUUACGGAAGACGAAGUCCUCGGUGUCCAUGAGGUAGAUUUUCACGGAAACCCAUCGACAAGCUCGGAAUUUUUCUGCAGACUAGCAUAUAUCCACCAGGACAGGAAAUGGGUCUCUUUGGAGGAGGAACACUUGGUCUGUGAACACGUACGUGGUCGCGUGGAAAGUCCUGCUUACCGCCCGGGUGACACAGUCUUGGUUCGCAUCGACGGGUCCGACCAAUCAGAGCCUUGUGAGCUUCUCUCGGCUGGAACGGUAAAUAGUCGAGGGCGACUGCGAAGAUCUCUCACACUGCGGAAACUACUACGUCGCUCCAAGGUUGAUAGAAAAUCUCAAGCGGUUCUCCAAAAUGAGCUUGUUUAUUCGGAUGAACUCAUCACAGUGCAAGAGAAUCAAGUCAUGGGGCCUUGCCACGUUCGCUUUUUCCCGGUCGGGACACCUAUAAGUCGCCCUUAUGACCGCAAUGGCGUGGGGAAUUUAUUUGUACUCACCUACAGAUUGGUAUCGUCUUUCGAAUCUGCCAGACUGGAGCCUCUAACGGAGUGCCCGGGGUCAUUACGUCAAGGGUUUGCAGAAGUGAAGUUGCCUCAGUUACGCGGCCUGGAUCUCUUUUGCGGUGGCGGGAACUUUGGUCGAGGCUUGGAGGAAGCUGGCGGCAUCAAAAUGCUCUGGGCCAACGACUACGUUUCGAAUGCAAUUCACACCUACAUGGCCAAUGUGGAAGCGCCCGAAGAGGUACAUCCCUUUCUAGGCUCCAUUGACAUUCUGCAGAAGCUUGCUCUCGAAGGGCACUUCUCUAAGAAGGUUCCUGCUCCAGGGGAGGUGGAUUUCAUCUCAGGUGGAAGCCCUUGUCCAGGCUUCUCUUCCCUAACCAACGACAAGACCACAGUUGCGCAGCGGAAGAACCAGUCAUUAGUGGCUGCCUUCGCUUCCUCAAUUGACUUAUACAGGCCAAAAUAUGGCCUCCUUGAGAAUGUCACCGGGAUCGUUCAAAAGAAGGCAAAUCGAGACCAGGAUGUUUUCAGCCAAUUGAUUUGUGCUGUGGUUGGUCUUGGUUACCAAACGCAGUUCUAUUUCCUUGAUGCAUCGUCCUGCGGCUCACCUCAGCGUCGAUCACGCGUCUUCCUAGCGUUUGCUGCACCGGGAUUCAAGUUGCCUGAUAAGCCUCAGCAGACUCACUCUCAUCCCGACUAUACGAAAAAUCUCUCACUUGGGAAAUUACCAAAUGGAGAGGCCAUGGCAGAGAGAGAGUGGUUGGAAGCCACCCCGUUUAAAUUCACAUCUGCUGCGGAAGCCACGGCUGAUCUCCCCUCGAUACAAGAUGGGAAGCCUGAUAUCUGUGUUCCGUUUCCUGACCAUCGAGUAUCCAUUGGGCAGACAAGGAAUAUUCUGCUCCAAAUGUAUCAUAUUCCAACCAGACCAUUCGGUAUGAACUUCGCGACCACGUGGUACAGGCCAGAUCCUCUCAUGACCCGUAGCGAGCGAGAAUCAUUCUUUCCCGACGACAAGAACGCAACUGUCUUGAGGGUGGGACCUAAAUCAAACGCUUUCGGGCGUCAGAGACCCGACAGUCUGAUCGAGACAGUCGUAACGCGCCAGAGCCCAGGUGAUUGCAAGAGCGGGAGGCAGCUCCACUGGCGCGAGAACCGAGCCCUCACUCUCAUGGAAGCCCGCCGAGCGCAAGGGUUCCGCGACGAGGAUGUACUGCUAGGAGCCCCCGCCGAGCAGUAUAGGAUCGUGGGCAACAGCGUCGCGAGAGAGGUUGCUGUUGCUCUGGGUAUCGCAUUUCGAGAAGCUUAUGCUGCCAGUACGGGCGUUGAUCCUGCUAGGGAGGUGCCAAUCGUGAUCGUUAACUCCGAAAUUGACACUGACAUCGACACCGAGGCGACGGGUGGUAUUCUUUCGAGCACGUCCCGCGAAAACUCCCGGUCUGAAACACCGUUGACCUCGGCCUCUGAGGCCAACUACAUUGUCCCAGAACGUGGGGUUUCCCAAGUAACAAAGAAACGGAAACUGAGUCCGAUCCCUAUCAUGGUUGAUCGCACCUCAAAAGUAACCAAGAUCGUUUUGGGCGGCGGGUCUUCGGAAGUCUGA